CACACACUGCCCUGGGAUUCUGUCUGUGCAAGACGCUCGGGAUCCUUGUUACGUAUUAACAGGGUUCUCAGAAAUCUCCAGUCAAAAAUGGUUAUCAAGGUGUUUGUCGCCACCGUCGCCGGAUCCACCGCGAUUAAAAAAAAACAACAAGAUGUGUUGGGUUUUCUGGAGGCCAACAGAAUUGACUUCGAGGAGAAAGAUAUCGCUUGUAAUGAUGACAACCGGCAAUGGAUGAGAGAAAACGUGCCUGGAGAGAAAAAGCCCAAGAACGGGAUCCCACUGCCUCCCCAGAUCUUCAAUGAGGAGCAGUAUUGUGGGGACUUUGAGUCUUUCUUUGAUGCUAAAGAAGGAAAUGAAAUCUAUGUGUUCCUGGGUCUGGCUCCACCUGUAAGUGCAAAGGUUAGUGACACCCCGGCUGAAACCAAGGACAAGGAAGAGUCGGAAGCUGAACCUACAGAGGAGAAGCAGGAAGAACCGGAAACAGCGCCAGCAGAGGAAGAAGCAGCUGAGGAGAAAGAACCAGAAACAGCGCCAGCAGAGGAAGAAGCAGCUGAGGAGGAGGAAGCAGAAGCAGAUGAUGAAGAAGAGGCCGAGGAAGAGGAGGAAGAGGAAGAAGAGUCCUAGACAUCACUACCGUCUCAAUUUAAUUAUUCAGGUCACCGAAAAUAAUUGUCACACGGAUGCACUGCACUUGGCCACUAAUCUGCGAUUCUUUUCCACAAAAAUAUUCUGGAAUUUGACACAACGCCUCCCGAUAAGGACUAAGAGCAGCUCCGCUAAGC